GUAGUUGCGGUUUCUUUCUUGUAAGUGCUAAAGCUGUUCUCUUCUUCACUCGCAAGAAAACAGAGAAAGCAUCGGCAGAUCUCGAUGGCGCCGGAGCCCGAAGAUGAUGUGAAAGACGAGAAGAACCCUCGCCCACUCGACGAGGACGAUAUCGCUCUUCUUAAAACAUAUGGUUUGGGUCCCUAUUCUACAAGUAUCAAGAAAGUAGAGAAAGAAAUUAAGGAAAUGGCUAAGAAGGUCAACGAUUUAUGUGGUAUUAAGGAGUCUGACACUGGCUUAGCUGCACCAAGCCAGUGGGAUCUAGUAUCUGAUAAGCAGAUGAUGCAGGAGGAGCAGCCUCUGCAGGUGGCAAGAUGCACAAAGAUCAUCAAUCCAAACACUGAAGAUGCCAAAUAUGUCAUAAAUGUUAAACAAAUUGCAAAGUUUGUUGUUGGGCUUGGUGACAAAGUUUCCCCGACUGACAUAGAAGAAGGCAUGCGUGUGGGUGUUGAUCGCAAUAAAUAUCAGAUCCAGAUUCCCUUGCCUCCAAAAAUUGAUCCAAGUGUGACCAUGAUGACAGUGGAGGAAAAGCCAGAUGUUACAUAUAAUGAUGUUGGUGGAUGCAAGGAGCAGAUUGAAAAGAUGCGGGAAGUUGUUGAACUGCCCAUGCUUCAUCCUGAGAAAUUUGUGAAGCUUGGAAUUGAUCCUCCUAAGGGUGUCCUCUGCUAUGGUCCUCCAGGAACGGGUAAAACACUUUUAGCUAGAGCAGUGGCUAAUAGAACUGAUGCUUGUUUCAUUCGUGUUAUCGGGAGUGAACUUGUUCAGAAAUAUGUUGGUGAGGGAGCUCGGAUGGUUCGGGAACUAUUCCAGAUGGCACGAUCAAAAAAGGCAUGUAUUGUAUUUUUUGAUGAAGUUGAUGCCAUAGGAGGUGCACGUUUUGAUGAUGGUGUUGGUGGAGACAAUGAAGUUCAGCGCACUAUGCUCGAAAUUGUGAAUCAGCUUGAUGGGUUUGAUGCACGUGGAAACAUCAAAGUUCUUAUGGCUACAAAUAGGCCUGACACUUUAGAUCCAGCCCUUCUGCGUCCCGGACGAUUAGAUCGUAAGGUUGAGUUUGGCCUUCCUGAUUUGGAGAGUAGGACGCAGAUAUUUAAGAUCCAUACCCGAACAAUGAACUGUGAAAGAGAUAUCCGAUUUGAACUUUUGGCUCGACUUUGUCCGAAUUCCACUGGUGCCGACAUAAGAAGCGUGUGCACAGAAGCUGGAAUGUAUGCCAUUCGAGCUCGAAGGAAGACUGUGACAGAGAAAGACUUCCUUGAUGCAGUGAACAAAGUGAUAAAGGGAUACCAGAAGUUCAGUGCAACGCCCAAGUAUAUGGUCUACAACUGAGCGAGCUGUUUUGCUCCUUCCCCUCCAAAAACCGCAUUGUGCUUUUUGGGCGCUGUUAACUUGAUGUUUAUCAAUUGAAUUUGCUGGGAUCAUGUAAUUGAUCACUCGCCUGCAUAACUUAUAGACCACCAACAUAUACUUGUGCGGGUUUCGCCAUGUCAUCGUGAAAUUGUAUCCAGCUUUGUUUUACUAUAAUCUCAAGCCAUGACUUUUUGUUCUUUGGCUGUGGAACCUUUACUAGAAAUGUGCAAGCUUUUAUUGGUUUAUUUUA